AAGAAAACCCAUUAAUGGCAGCGUUAGAAUAUAGUGGCCACUCUCAACUUUACCUUUGCAUAUGAAAAUUGAAAAUCUCUUCCUUUGAGAGAGAGAGAGAGAGAGAGAGCAAGUCCAUUCCAUCAAAGUCAGGCUUCAUUUCAAGAUAAUGAAGGCAUUGAAAUUCUCUUGUGGAGAUUGAUGAAACUUGAAUCCCCUUUUGCCAUCUCUUUUAUUGAAUGAUUUGAGGUUCAAAUUUGAGUUAGUUUCCUUCCUGUUUGGCUUAUUCUUUUGUAUAUUCCAUUUCUCUUUCUCGUGCUUUCUUUGAACUGAGAAAACCUUGUGACAAAGUUCUGAUUAAGACAAAAAUGGUGAAUCUGAUGCUGUGAAAAUUACAGAUUAGUGGGAUUUCAGCAAAGGGAAGGGAUGGCUGAAAGGAGAAAAGUUCGCCCAGAUUGUAUAUAUGUUUCUAAUCCCUUUCAUGAAUGCUCUGAUUAUUGCAUUAAAAAAACAGCUGAAAGCAAGGCAGGAAAGGAUAAAAAGUCUAAAGGAUCUUUUAGGCUUGAUAUUUCCAAAUCUUUUGGAAGGAAGAAAGGGUCCCGACCAAAGCCUCCAAAAGAACAUGAUGGUGGACAGUACUCGAGCACGGUUUUUACUGAAGCUCGGUCAUUCAACUCACGUAUCUCUCCUAAGAAAAAUGUAGAAUCAAGAAUUGGUGGUCAUAUAUCCCCUACCAAAAGAUUUUAUUCCGAAGAAAUCCAUCCGGAAGAUCCUAGUCUUAGUGUAGAGCAACUCGAUACGCCUCGAAUUCCUUCAUACGAUAGUCUCAUAAUGCCUGACUAUUCAGAGGAUGCACCAAAGAAGAGUCCCAUUCGGAUUCCCCCACCGAUGACAAAUAAUGAGAAUGGAGGUGAGAACCAUGAAACAUUUUUUGAGGAUUGUACACCCAAUGGUAACAACGGUAAAGAAAGAUCCCGAAAGCAAUCUAGCGAAUCUAGCUUUAGCAUGUCUGGCUUUGAGCAAACUCAAGUAGACAGUGACGAGGGGGAGAUCGAGUCUGUAAAUUCUGAGGUGUGUGUUCCCGUGGGAAAGUACCAUGUAAAAUCCAGCUUUUCCUCCAUUCUGACAUCGAUCUUCGAAAAGUACGGAGAUAUCGCAGCUACCUGUAAAUUGGAAUCAGUUUCCAUGCGGUCUUACUAUCUAGAAUGCGUGUGCUAUGUGAUUCAAGAAUUGCAGUCCACUGAGUUUCACCAACUGACCAAGUCCAAAGUUAAAGAACUCUUAGCAAUUUUCAAAGACGUUGAGUCCUCAGAAAUCGACGUUACAUGGUUAAAGAGUCGCCUUAACGAAAUUGCACAAGCUGUAGAGCUGAGAACUCAGCACCGAGCCAUUGAAGCUGCAAAGACAGACUGCGAGCAGAAUUUAGAAUCAAUAAAGAAAGAACUAGAGUCCCAAAUGGCAGAUCUGAAACUAAAAGAAAAAGAGCUUUCUGAAGCAAAGACAAAAGUUGCAGAAACCCGAGCUCGGUUAAGCGAAUUAGAGCUGAAAUCAUCUCAGCUGAAAGAAAUGAUCACGUCCAUCGACUCCAAGGUAGAAAAUUUUAGAUGCAAAUCAUUCUCUGAUGAUCUGUUAUGAUGAGGGAAGGGAAGGGAAGGAUUACUAGUAGAUUAUCAAACAUCACUUAUAGAUCAUAUCAUUCUGUCAUUUAGUUAUAUAAAUGUUGUUAACACAUGUUAUGGGUAAUGUUAAAGCUGUAUCAUCUAAGUGUAUUGCAUAAUAAAACAUAUCAUGUUGUUAAAGAUAUCUCCUACUUCCAUGUUUUAGAAAAAGCUUCAGCUUCUGGAUUUAGUUUGUUUA